GGUGGGUGUCAUGAACUGGUCAGGCCGACUUGUUACUAUACAUACCCCGUACUACUACGAUUUAGCGUACACAGGUGAGAAUAGACAAGGUGAGAUGUAACAUCACAAACACGUGCAGCAAUAUAUCAGGAUGGAAAUAUCUGCUCAGUUCCUUCUGGCUGACCCAGUAUGGAAGCUUGCUGGAUUACUAACUGUUCUGCUGACUGUUCCAUCAUUACUGAAGUGGGGAUGGCAGGUCUACAUAAACAGGGUUUAUCCAGCAAACAAAGCUUCAACAAAACCUCUACCCCCAGGGACACUUGGGUACCCGAUCAUAGGGGAGACAAUCCAUUUCAUACUCAAGUUUGCCGAAUACUACCAUGAGAGGCGACGUAAAUACGGAACGAUCUACAAAACACAUUUAAUGGGCCGUCCAACUAUCCGUGUCAGUGAGGCAGAGUACUUGAAGACGAUUGUAAAUGGCGAGAAUACAAUUGUCGUGUCACAAUGGCCUGAAGCUACCCAACGUAUCCUUGGAUCUGGCGCUCUGUCGAUGAUGUACGGAGAGACUCACAAAAUACGUAAGAAAUAUGUUGCUGCGGCCUUCUCCCAAAAAGCACUGCAGUCCUACAUCCCAAGUUUUCAGACAAUAUGUCGUCAGGCGUUUGCAGACUGGAAGAAACGUAGAAAUAUCCUUGCUUUCGAGGAAUGUAAGACGUUGACAUUCAAGAUUGCCACUAAAGUAUUGAUAGGAUUUCAGUACGAUGAAUCGUCCGACCUUGUUAGUCUGUUUGAAGAAAUGAUGUACAACACUUUCUCUCUACCUAUCAACCUACCUGGGUUCGGUCUAUAUAAGGGUUUGAAAGCUAAACAGAAGGUUGUAGCAGAGAUUGAUAAAUGCCUGAAAAGGAUCGAGGAGGAGGGUAGUGAACAGGAUUUUACAACAGCGAUGCAUUUCAUCCUACAUUCCCAGGAAGGGGACAUCACUAUUCCACGAGAGGAGCUCUGCGAGGCCGCAAAUGAGCUGUUAUUCACCGGACACGACACAACCUCAAGUACACUCUGCUCCGUGUUGAUGUAUCUUGGGAAAAACAAAGAAUACCUGGACAGACUGCGAACCGAACUCAGAGACAAUGAUUUAUUGGAUUAUGAGGAUGACAGAGUCGAUCUGAACGUAACGAAGCUGAAUUCUCUCCCCUUCCUCCACUGUGUAAUGAAGGAGGUUUUAAGACUCGCUCCACCAGUUGGUGCUGGCUUCAGACGCGCAAUCAAAACCUUUGAACUCGGGGACUAUCAGGUCCCAGAAGGCUGGACGGUGUGCUUCGGGAUUCGUGAAACUCAUCAUAAUUCUCCAGUAUUCUCAAAAGCACUCGAGUUCAACCCUGACAGAUGGAUGGAAGAAGUAUCUGACCUUGGAAAGCAAGAAACUGGAAAGUUUAAUUUUCUGCCAUUCGGUUAUGGAGGAAGGGUUUGUAUUGGGAAAGAGUAUGCUAAAUUGCUUACAAAAGUCUUUAUUGUAGAGUUAUGUCGAAUUUGUGAUUGGGACCUGGAGAAUGAGGACAUUCAGAUGUCAUAUAUCCCGAUUACCAAGCCAAAAGAUCUUUUACCAAUCCAUAUCUAUAACAAGGGAGGUAACUAGAUCAUGCAGGGUUCUUCUGUAUUUGACAAGAUUAAUCACUGCAGGCACAAAGUAUCUUUGUAUAUUACAGGGGAGGUAAUUUUGAUCAGGUCGUUGUAUUUCUGUAUUUGACAGGGAAGGAAAUAAGAUCAGACAAAAAGUGUCUGUAUAUUACAGGGGAGGUAAUUAGAUCAGACAAAAAGUGUCUCUGUACAUUACAGGGGAGGUAAUUAGAUCAGACAAAAUGUGUCGCAGUACAUUACAGGGGAGGUAAUUGGAUCAGACAAAAAGUGUCUCUGUACCUUACAGGGGAGGUAAUUAGACCAGACAAAAAGUGUCUCUGUACAUUACAGGGGAGGUAAUUAGACCAGACACUUUGUACAUUACAGGGGAGGUAAUUAGACCAGACAAAAAGUGUCUAUAUAUUACAGAGGAGGUAUUUAGAUCAGACAAAAAGUGUCUGUAUAUUACAGGGGAGGUAGUUAGAUCAGACAAAGUGUCUCUGUACUUUACAGGGGAGGCAAUUAGAUCAGACAAAGUGUCGGUAUAUUACAGGGGAGGGAAUUAGAUCAGACAAAAAGUGUCUCUGUACAUUACAGGAGAGGUAAUUAGAUCAGACAAAAUGUGUCACUGUACAUUACAGGGGAGGUAAUUAGAUCAGACAAAAUGUGUCACUGUACAUUACAGGGGAGGUAAUUAGAUCAGACAAAAAGUGUCUCUGUACCUUACAGGGGAGGUAAUUAGACCAGACAAAAAGUGUAUCUGUACAUUACAGGGGAGGUAAUUAGACCAGACACUUUGUACAUUACAGGGGAGGUAAUUAGACCAGACAAAAAGUUUCUCCGUACAUUACAGAGGUAAUUAGAUCAGACAAAAAGUGUCUGUGUACGUUACAGGGGAGGUAAUUAGAUCAGACAAAAAAAUAUUACAGGGGAGGUAAGUAGAUCAGACAAAAAGUGUCUAUAUAUUACAGGGGAGGUAAUUAGAUCAGACAAAAAGUGUCUGUAUAUUACAGGGGAGGUAAAAAAAGUGUCUGUAUAUUACAGGGGAAGUAAUUGGAUCAGAGAAAAAGUGUCUGUAUAUUACAGGGGAAGUAAUUGGAUCAGAGAAAAAGUGUCUGUAUAUUACAGGGGAGGUAAUUGGAUCAGAGAAAAAGUGUCUGUAUAUUACAGGGGAGGUAAUUGGAUCAGAGAAAAAGUGUCUGUAUAUUACAGGGGAGGUAGUUGGAUCAGAGAAAAAGUGUCUCUGUACAUUUCAGGGGAGGUAACUAGAUCAGAUACAAUGGUGAGAAAAAAACCCAGUAAAGUUAAACAGCUAUGUGAAAUCAUUUUGGGAAGGGAGAGAAAUCCCGGUGUCUAUAAAAAGAUGUGAUAUUAUAUUUAUUUUCCCGGUGAAAUAAGCUUGAUAUAAAUUAUAUGUAUACAUUUUAUAUAUGUGUGAGAUUUUAUGUAAUGCACUUUUUAUAUUUCUACAAGUUUAUUAUUGAAAUUUUAAUCCAUGCAGUAGUAAUUGUUGGUACAUGUGUAGGUAUGUGAAAUUCAUUUAGAUGUGAUGAAAAAGAUCCAUUUUAUUCAAAUGGAAAAUUAUAAAAACACAAAUAUUUUUCACUAAACCAUGUAAUUAAUGUUCAUUGAUGUAUUGAUUUUAAAGUUUAUUUUGGAAGAAAUGAAACUGUUUUUCACACAAUGAAAUCGUACAGGGUUUGUUUUCAAUGUUAACAUUUUGUCCGAGUUUAUGUAUGUCCAAAUUUUGGAAUAAAAACAUGUUAAAGGAAAAUUUUAGGGAUAUCUUGCUUUGCUUACCAGUGUACUGGCCUGUGUAUAUUUGUGUAAGGCAGAGAAUUUUAUAUGUUUAUAUAGCAUACCGGUGUAUAAGGCCAAUAACAGAAUGUUUGUUUUUCAUGAUCUAUUUAGCUAUUUAUAUGUAUGUAUAUGUAGACAAAUGUCCAGACUUUUUAAAAUCAAUUGAUUAUUUGUACUUGCAUGUAUCUCGGUGACUUCAGAUCUCGCAAAUUGUGUUAUGUUGGUAGAAAUAUUGAAAAAAUUAACUGAGAAUCGACUGGACUUCUCUUAGUCGUUAAUUUGAAAUUACACAAACAAACAUAUAGGUACAGUAAAGGAAAUCGGACAGUCGAAAAACAUAAAUAUUUUUCACUUGGUCUUAUCAUGAUUGUACAAUUGCAAUAUAUCACAAUGCUGUAAGAAAAUGCAGUAGUUCAUCAAUAACCACUCAGUACUUCACCAAUAACCACUCAGUUCUUCAUCAGUAACCACUCAGUACUUCAUCAAUAACCACUAAGUUCUUCAUCAGUAACCACUCAGUACUUCAUCAAUAACCACUCAGUACUUCAUUAAUAACCACUCAGUUCUUCAUCAGUAACCAUUCAGUACUUCAUCAAUAACCACUCAGUUCUUCAUCAAUUACCACUCAGUUCUUCAAUAACCACUCAGUUCUACAUCAAUAACACUCAGUACUUCAUCAAUAACCACUCAGUACUUCAUCAGUAACCACUCAGUUCUUCAAUAACCACUCAGUUCUUCAUCAAUAACCACUCAUUUCUUUAUCAAUAACCACUCAUUUCUUCAUCAAUAACCACUCAGUACUUCAUCAAUAACCACUCAUUUCUUUAUCAAUAACCACUCAUUUCUUCAUCAAUAACCACUCAGUACUUCAUCAAUAACAACUCAUUUCUUCAUCAAUAACCACUCAGUACUUCAUCAAUAACCACUCAGUUCUUCAUCAAUAACCACUCAGUUCUUCAUCAAUUACCACUCAGUACUUCAUCAAUAACCACUCCGUUCUUCAUCAAUAACCACUCAGUACUUUAUCAAUAACCACUCAGUUCUUCAUCAGUAACCACUCAGUUCUACAUCAAUAACACUCAGUUCUAAAUCAAUAACCACUCAGUUCUUCAUCAAUUACCACUCAGUUCUUCAAUAACCACUCAGUACUUCAUCAGUAACCACUCAGUUCUUCAUCAGUGACCACUCAGUUCUUCAUCAAUAACCACUCAGUUCUUCAUCAAUAACCACUCAGUACUUCAUCAAUAACCACUCAGUACUUCAUCAAUAACACUCAGUUCUUCAUAAAUAACACUCAGUUCUUCAUCAAUAACACUCAGUUCUUCAUCAGUAACCACUCAGUUCUACAUCAAUAACCACUCUGUUCUUCAAUAACCACUCAGUACUUCAUCAAUAACUACUCAGUUCUUCAUCAAUAACCACUCAGUUCUUCAUCAAUAACACUCAGUUCUUCAUCAAUUACCACUCAGUUCUACAUCAAUAACUACUCAGUACUUCAUCAAUAACACUCAGUUCUUCAUCAAUAACACUCAGUUCUUCAUAAAUAACACUCAGUUCUUCAUCAAUAACACUCAGUUCUUCAUCAGGAACCACUCAGUUCUACAUCAAUAACCACUCUGUUCUUCAAUAACCACUCAGUUCUUCAUCAAUUACCACUCAGUUCUUCAUCAAUAACCACUCAGUACUUCAUCAGUGACCACUCAGUACUUCAUCAAUAACUACUCAGUUCUUCAUCAAUAACUACUCAGUUCUUCAUCAAUUACCACUCAGUUCUUCAAUAACCACUCAGUACUUCAUCAAUAACCACUCAGUUCUUCAUCAAUAACACUCAGUUCUUCAUCAAUUACCACUCAGUUCUUCAAUAACCACUCAGUUCUUCAUCAGUAACGACUCAGUUCUACAUCAAUAACCACUCAGUUCUACAUCAAUAACCACACAGUUCUUCAUCAGUAACCACUCAGUUCUUCAUCAAUAACCACUCAGUUCUUCAUCAAUAACACUCAGUUCUUCAUCAAUAACCACUCAGUUCAUCAUCAAUAACACUCAGUUCUUCAUCAAUAACACUCAGUUCUUCAUCAGUGACCACUCAGUUCUUCAUCAAUAACCACUCAGUUCUUCAUCAAUAACACUCAGUUCUUCAUCAGUGACCACUCAGUACUUCAUCAAUAACCACUCAGUUCUUCAUCAGUAACAACUCAGUUCUACAUCAAUAACCACUCAGUUCUUCAUCAGUGACCACUCAGUUCUUCAUCAAUAACCACUCAGUUCUUCAUCAAUAACCACUCAGUACUUCAUCAGUGACCACUCAGUUCUUCAUCAAUUACCACUCAGUUCUUCAUCAGUAACAACUCAGUUCUACAUCAAUAACCACUCAGUUCUUCAUCAGUGACCACUCAGUUCUUCAUCAAUAACCACUCAGUUCUUCAUCAAUAACCACUCAGUACUUCAUCAGUGACCACUCAGUUCUUCAUCAAUUACCACUCAGUUCUUCAAUAACCACUCAGUUCUUCAUCAGUAACCACUCAGUUCUUCAUCAGUAACCACUCAGUUCUUCAUCAAUAACACUCAGUUCUUCAUCAAUAACACUCAGUUCUUCAUCAGUAACCACUCAGUUCUACAUCAAUAACCACUCAGUACUUCAUCAAUAACCACUCAGUUCUUCAUCAGUAACCACUCAGUUCUACAUCAAUAACCACUCAGUACUUCAUCAAUAACACUCAGUACUUCAUCAGUAAUCACUCAGUACUUCAUCAGUGACCACUCAGUUCUUCAUCAAUAACACUCAGUUCUUCAUCAAUAACCACUCAGUUCUUCAUCAAUAACCACUCAGUUCUACAUCAAUUACCACUCAGUUCUACAUCAAUAACCACUCAGUACUUCAUCAAUAACCACUCAGUUCUACAUCAAUAACCACUCAGUACUUCAUCAAUAACCACUCAGUACUUCAUCAAUAACCACUCAGUACUUCAUCAGUGACCACUCAGUUCUUCAUCAAUAACCACUUGGUACUUCAUCAAUAACCACUCAGUUCUUCAUCAAUAACCACUCGAUACUUCAUCAAUAACCACUCAGUUCUUCAUCAAUAACACUCAGUUCUUCAUCAGUAAUCACUCAGUACUUCAUCAGUAAUCACUCAGUACUUCAUCAGUAAUCACUCAGUACUUCAUCAGUAACCACUCAGUUCUUCAUAAGUAACUACUGUUUAAUUCAUCAUUCACCACUCAGUACUUCAUCAAUAACCACUCAGUUAUAUUUUUCUCAUAGUGCUACAAUCCUGCGAGACUAUUGCUGUAAAUAUGGUACAAUAUGGCAGUUAUCUGGUCGUUUUGUUUUUCCUUUAGUGCUAAAAACCUAUUUAAAAUCUGCUUUUGUAGAAUAUAUAUCCGGUAUAUAAGACAUAGUGCUAAGACCAGAUAAAAAAUCUGCUCAUAUCUUAUUAUACAGUAUAUUAUAUUACCACAUUUAUCCUCAAAUAAGCCCCCUCCCCUAGUGUAAAAGUUUGGUAUUAAACUUUGGGGAAGGCUUAUUUGUAUACAGGGGCUUUCUUGUGGAUAAAUAUUGUGGUGUUAUAUCAUGAGUUAACAUGAUUUGUCAUAUUUUUCUGUAUGCCAACCUGGUAAUAAUCUGCUUUAACGCAAUAAAAUGUUAUGUAAAUAGA